AUGAGGAUUGCUGUCAUGGAAGGUCCCAACGAUCUCCGUAGAUCUUUGGAACAAUCGCUUCAUGAUCUGGCAACCCAAGGUCCAGAGAAGCAGGAGCAAUUCUGCCAAGUAUUUGCUAACGCUUUGCAAUCCGUAGAACAAGCCAUCUCGGAGGAAAUUGCGCAACAUGAACAGUACGCCUCCUCCUUGUUGAGAAGCAUUGAGCUCACCAUCUCCGUGCCCGAACAUCAGUCUCCACAGCAAGAAGCUGAUUUUCGCAAAGCGGCUCAAGCCCAAGUGCAUAACAGCAAGCUUCUCUCGGCUAAUGCUAAGAGAUUUGGGCAAAUGCUGCUUGAUGUAUCUCGGCUUGCGGAUACCAAGAUUUCUACUGAUAUCACAUUCGAAAA